CCUCGAGAGCCAAGGAACCAAGGGCAGGACGAAGCGGGCGGCAGCAACUCCAGCCCGCGUUUUAGUCAGGCAGUACGUCGGGCGCCUGGCCAGGCUGGGCACGAGAGAAAAAAGCGCUCUGUUCUGCUGCCCCCGCGAGACGCGCUACCCACUUUCGUCCUCUCCGGCUCAAGAUGGUGUCCUCCCGAGCAAUUGGCAGCCUCCCACGCUUCACUGCCCCAGAACCCAUAUCAGCUAUGGAGUCAAAGGGGAUGUGGCAGUUAUUCGAAUUAAUUCACCCAAUUCAAAGGUAAAUACACUGAAUAAAGAGCUACAUUCAGAGUUCACAGAAGUAAUGAAUGAAAUCUGGACCAACGAUCAAGUCAGAAGUGCCGUCCUGAUCUCCUCGAAGCCAGGCUGCUUUAUUGCAGGUGCAGAUAUCAACAUGCUCGCCUCUUGCAAGACCUCUCAAGAAGUAACACAGUUAUCACAGGAAGGACAGAGAAUGUUUGAGAAACUCGAGAAGUCCUCAAAGCCUAUUGUGGCCGCCAUCAGUGGAUCCUGCCUGGGAGGAGGACUUGAGCUUGCUAUUGCAUGCCAAUACAGAAUAGCAACAAAAGACAGAAAAACAGUAUUAGGUACCCCUGAAGUCUUGCUGGGCAUCCUACCAGGAUCAGGAGGCACACAGAGGUUACCUAAAAUGGUGGGCGUGCCUGCUGCUUUUGACAUGAUGCUGACUGGUAGGAACAUCCGUGCAGACAGAGCAAAGAAGAUGGGUCUGGUUGACCAGCUGGUGGAACCCCUAGGACCAGGAAUAAAACCUCCAGAGGAACGGACGAUUGAAUACCUAGAAGAAGUUGCAGUUACUUUUGCUAAAGGACUAGCUGAGAAGAAGAUCUCUCCUAAAAGAGAAAAAGGAUUGGUGGAAAAAUUGACAUCAUACGCCAUGACCAUUCCAUUUGUCAGGCAACAAGUUUAUAAGAAGGUGGAAGAAAAAGUGCGAAAGCAGACUAAAGGCCUUUAUCCUGCACCUCUGAAAAUAAUUGAUGUGGUCAAGACUGGACUCGAGCAAGGGAAUGAUGCUGGUUAUCUCUCUGAAUCUCAGAAAUUUGGAGAGCUUGCAAUGACCAAAGAAUCAAAGGCCUUGAUGGGACUUUACCAUGGCCAGGUCCUGUGCAAGAAGAAUAAGUUUGGAGCUCCACAGAGGGAUGUGAAGCAUCUAGCUAUUCUGGGUGCAGGACUGAUGGGAGCCGGCAUUGCCCAGGUCUCCGUGGAUAAGGGGCUGAAGACCAUACUGAAAGAUGCCACACUAGCCGGGCUGGGCCGAGGACAGCAGCAGGUGUUCAAAGGAUUGAAUGAUAAAGUGAAGAAGAAAGCCCUAACAUCCUUUGAAAGAGAUUCCAUCUUCAGCAACUUGACUGGGCAGCUCGAUUACCAGGGUUUUGAGAAGGCCGACAUGGUGAUCGAGGCUGUGUUUGAGGACCUCAGUCUCAAGCACAAAGUGCUGAAGGAAGUAGAAGCCGUGAUUCCAGAUCACUGUAUCUUUGCCAGUAACACAUCUGCCCUCCCAAUCAGUGAAAUUGCUGCCGUCAGCAAAAGACCUAAAAAGGUGAUCGGCAUGCACUACUUCUCCCCCGUGGACAAGAUGCAGCUGCUGGAGAUCAUCACGACUGAGAAGACCUCCAAGGACACGACCGCAUCAGCUGUGGCCGUCGGUCUCAAGCAGGGGAAGGUCAUCGUUGUGGUUAAGGACGGGCCUGGCUUCUACACCACCAGGUGUCUUGCGCCCAUGAUGUCGGAAGUCAUCCGGAUCCUCCAGGAAGGCGUUGACCCUAAGAAGCUGGAUUCCCUGACCACAAGCUUUGGCUUUCCUGUGGGUGCUGCCACACUGGUGGAUGAAGUUGGCGUGGAUGUUGCAAAACAUGUGGCAGAAGAUCUAGGCAAAGCCUUCGGGGAGCGGUUUGGGGGCGGAAACAUAGACCUGCUGAAGCAGAUGGUGUCCAAGGGCUUCCUGGGUCGCAAGUCUGGGAAGGGCUUUUACAUCUACCAGGAGGGUGUGAAGAAUAAGAGUGUGAAUUCCGACAUGGACAGUGUUUUGGCAAGUGUGAAGGUGCCGCCUAAGCCUGAGGUCUCCUCUGACGAAGACAUCCAGUACCGCCUGGUGACAAGGUUUGUGAAUGAGGCAGUCUUGUGCCUGCAGGAAGGGAUCUUGGCCACGCCUGCAGAGGGAGACAUCGGAGCCGUCUUUGGCCUUGGCUUCCCCCCUUGUCUCGGAGGGCCCUUCCGCUUCGUGGAUCUGUACGGUGCUCAGAAGAUCGUGGACCGGCUCCGGAAGUACGAGGCUGCCUAUGGAAAGCAGUUCACCCCGUGCCAGCUGCUCCUGGACCAUGCCAGCAGCCCUAGCAAGAAGUUCUACCAGUGAGCAGGCCACGGGCCCUGUUCAGUCAGCGCACUACCCUGCACAGGGCUGCUGCUUCUCCACCAAUCGGGUGUCUAGAUUUAUCCCAGUAACCAGAGGAAGGCGGACUUGGGCAUUAGGUUGCUCCUUGAUUAAAAGUGCCUUCAGCUCUGACCACCUCUCCAUCCUGGUGAAGUCUGACUGUGAAGAGUUUGCACUUCAUGUUGGAAGGUGGAGCCCACUGUGCUCAUUUGAUAAGGCCCAAGGCCCAAAGCAGCAGCACAGAGCCAUCUGGAGCCAUCUUUGCUACCUGUUCCUCCCAGGAAGCCAGUGGUGAUCACUGGUGGGGAGGACAGUUUUGCACCCAGCCAAACAUAACAAUAAAAACCAAAUCAGCCUCUCUA